AUGAGGGAACCCGGAACCGGUGUGGGGUACCAGCUAGUCUUCUGCGUGUGGCUUCUGGUGCACGGCCUCGUUGAGGGUGGAUGUGGCGACCGAGAGGCCCACAAAUGCUGCCCGGGCCGGAAUAACGAUUGCUCCGAUUUUUCUCUGAGGAAAACACCGUGUUACUGUGACACCUACUGCGAGAAAACCAGGGAUUGCUGCGAAGAUUAUCACUCCGCCUGCCAGAUCUCGGGUGAGUUGGCGCUUCUGGGUGAGAAGGGAUGACUGCAGAGGGAUGUCUCUUGGUGGCUGUGCAAUGUGCCCUUCGACCUUCAGGAAGCUGUGGAUGCUUCUCAGGCAGAACAGGUUCCAGAAAGGGGAAUCUCCAACAUGUCCCAGUGCUAGAAAUGGGGGAGGCAUUCAGUCCAGGGCACAUUUUAAUACAAAACGUCCAAAUUUGCACUCCUGAAACGCAGCCUGAAACAAAUGAUAGGAAUCUGUCCGAAUUUGCAUUUCCUUGAAUUUUGUAGUGUGGUUCCCCAACCAAAUAACAUACCCAGAAACAUGUAUGUUAGGGGAAAGUGUGUGUUAAACUGCAUCUCUUAGCGAAAAUAGAUGUAUAAAAAUGCAUUUCGUUGUGGGGGCUAGUUUGUAAAAAAUGGGUUUAUUGGGAUGAAUUCUCACAAAGUUGUGGGGGAACCGACUGGAAAAAUGGGAAACAGAAAACAAAAUUGACAUAUUCAUCCAUCCCUGCCUGGUUCCUGUGUAAUCAUGUGGUGUAGUGGUCACAGCAUCAGGACUAGGACCUUGAGAGACCAGGGUUCGAAUUCCCACUUGGCCAUGAAGCUCGCCUUGGAGGCCAGUCACUGCCUCUCAGCCUAGCCUACCUUGCUGGGCUGUAGUAUUAAUGGAGGGGCCUCAUUUAAUAAGCAAACAAGCAAACAAAUAAUCUUUUUAAAGCUCUUCACAGCUUGGGAUCAAGGUAUCUACUGGAUCACUCACAGCUGGGAGCACUUAGAUAAUUUUGGAAUCUGAACUUAAUGGCCUGUGGAGAUGCCCCUGUACAGACAGUAACAUGGAUGACUUCAUUUACUUCAAAACAAAGUCAGCCAACCCUAUCACAUUUGGGAUUCUCUGCUGACCAUAGACAUCAUCAUCCUCAUCUUAUUAUUAUUAUUGUUAUUAUUUCUUACCAUCUGAGGAUCACAGAGUGGUUCACAUUAUAAAAACACAAAAAUACGUAUCAUAGUAACAAACAAAAACAAUACCUCCUCCCCAAAAUUAAAAGGCCAUGGAUUGUUUAAUUCGCCAAAGACCUGAGAGAAGAUAAAAUCACCCCUGCAGGGACAAAACAUGUUGGUUAAGGCCCUACCUACACUUAACACAUUCAGAGAAAUAUCAUACCAUUUCAAACAGUUGUGGCUUCCCUCAAAGGAUCCGGGGAGCUAUAGUUUGUUAAGGGCUGUUCAGAGACUGCUAUUCUCCUCACAAAACUACAAAUCCAAGUUCCCUGGGGAGGGGGCCUGAUGGUUAAACUACUCUGGGAAUUGCAGCUCUGAGGGGAAUAGGGGGUCUCCUAACUACACUCAGCAUUGUUUGUUUGUUUGUUUGUUUGUCUGUCUGUCUGUCUUAAAUUUUUUAUUUCAUUUUGACAAAGUAAUAAUCAUAAAUAAAUAAAUAAAUAAAUAAAUAAUGUGCACCCCACCACCAAGACCAUUCCAUUAUAACUAUCCAACCUCCCAAAAUUCCAACACCCCUUGCAGUAGUUUGACCCCCUUUCUGUUUUAACAGUACAAAUUCCACAAACACACUUCAUAUCUCCUCAGAAUCAUUUCUCCUGCAUAUUCCCUGUCUUACCUUAAUGGCACAUGCUAAUUUAUCAUUAACAGCUAUAUCCCACACCUCUUUAUACCAUUCUUCCAUUUUAUAUUCUGCUUUCCCCUUCCACUUCCUAGCUACAAUAAUUCGUGCAGAUGUCAAUAAAUUUGCGAGCAAGUCAGCAUUUUUAAGAAACUACAGUUCCCAAGAUCCUUGGGGGUGGGGAAGCCACGAUUGUUUAAAGUGGUAUGAUCUAGCUUCAAAUGUGUACUGUGGAUGGGGCUUAAGUUGCACAGUAGACCCACUGAAAUUAAUAAACAGGGCUUAACUGAAGUCUAUAAAUUUAAAUAAAGUCUUCUCUCUAUGUAUAUCUUGGUUGGAUUCAGUGGUCCAAAGCUUUCAGCACUGAACUGCGGAAUAGAUGUAAUCUGUUUGUAGUGCACCGUUCUCAGCCCAGCGACCGACUCACCCUAAAACCCAAACCCUCUCCCUCCCAUUUACCAGCCCCUUCUCCUGGCCAAUCGGAAGCCUCCGGCCAAGCUUGUGAAUGGUCCUGAAUAGGUCUGGCAUCUCUGUUCUCACACAUGGCUUCCCACAUUGAUGUGGAGAGUCCAGGUUUACUGUCAACAGAAAGGCAGCGAGGACAGUUUUGAGCGCACACAGCCUUACGACGUGCGGCAGGAAGAGGAUCUGAUUGUGUGUAUGUGUUUGUGUGUGCGUAGAGAUGCCCUACAAAAUUUGCAUCGGCAUCCUUUUAAAAUGGGUUGAGGAGGGGUGGAUUACUGGGUUCUUGUUUUUUGCUUUUGUUUUUGAAAUAUUUUUUAUUUGGUUUUACAAGUAUAAAAUCGUAACAAUACCACCAUACACUUCCACAUUUACAGAUUCCUCCGAAUCUCUGGACUUCCCACCUCCUCUCUGUGGGUCCUAUACAAUGCUUUUUUUCUGGGGGUACGUAGGGGUACGCAUACCCCUAAACAUUUUGUGAAUCUAAGUUUGGCCUCAUUGAGGGGAAGUAUUUCAAUAUGAUUAGCAAAAUGAGAAUACCCCUAAACUUUUUCUUUUUUUUUAAGAAAAAAAGCACUGGUCCUAUUAUUGAGCCUUUUCUACUGCAUCUUUCCCCAUAAUCUAUAUUUUAUAUCAUGGGUAGGCAAACUAUGGCCCGGGGGCCAGAUCCAGCCCAAUCGCCUUCUAAAUCCAGCCCACGGACGGUCUAGGAAUCAGCGUGUUUUUACACGAGUAGAAUGUGUGAUUUUAUUUAAAAUGCAUCUCUGGGUUAUUUGUGGGGCAUGGGAAUUUGUUCAUUAUUUUUUUUCAAAAUAUAGUCCGGCCCCCCAUAAGGUCUGAGGGACAGUGGACUGGCCCCCUGUUUUAUAUCACUCCGAUGUCUCCAUAGUACUUGCUACAUUACAAGUGUUAAUAUAAUGAUGCUAAUGUUUUCAUCUGCUUACAGAAGGUUGGUGGUUCAAAUCCCCGCGACGGGGUGAGCUCCCGUUGCUCGGUCCCUGCUCCUGCCAACCUAGCAGUUUGAAAGCACAUAAAAGUGCAAGUAGAUAAAUAGAUACCACUCCGGCGGGAAGGUAAACGGCGUUUCCGUGCGCUGCUCUGGUUCGCUAGAAGCGGCUUCAUCCUGCUGGCCACAUGACCCGGAAGCUGUACGCCGGCUCCCUCGGCCAAUAAAUAAAGCGAGAUGAGCGCCGCAACCCCAGAGUCAGUCACAACUGGACCUGAUGGUCAGGGGUCCCUUUACCUUUACCUAGUAGGGAUAAUGAUAAUGAUAAUAAUAGCAACCUGGACAACAAUAACUUAAAGCCUCAAGCACGACCUUGGCUCCUGGGAGUUGACUCCUAUGGAAAUCUCUGUGCCGCUCCUGCCUUUUGGAGAGUGUCUGUUGCAAAGAAAUUCGUCUGUUGUUGAUGUUCACACAGCGCGGUUGGAAUGAGGGAUUUGGGGGAGGAGAGGGAACGGCCUCAGUAAGCCACCCCUGAUCUCCAGGGAGAUUAGUCCAGUCACAACUCAGCUCAAUUACCGAGCAAUGGUCUCUGCCAGGGAAUAAAAGAGUCAGGAAGCUAGAAACCGCGCUAGCAGCACCUUGUUGGUUUAGAAACAUAUUCACUCCCAAGAGCAUGGACAAGCUCAGAGUGAGAGCGGCUGAGAUGACCACUGCUUUCCUUUCCUCAUACCGAUGACCCAAGGACCCCUGGCAAAGGACAGUUUGAUGGGACCACUGGUAUGCUCCCCCUAGCGAGAUAAUAAUAAUAAUAAUAAUAAUAAUAAUAAUAAUAUUUAUACCCCGCCCAUCUGGCUGGGUUUCCCCAGCCACACUGAGCGGCUCCCAACAGAAUAUCAAAAACACAAUCAAACAUCAAACAUUAAAAACUUCCCUAAACAGGACUGCUGGUGACCGAAAGGAACCGCAGGCGCCACUGUUUUCAUUUCCCACAAUGCCCUGGGUCAUAGCCACGUGUUGGGGGGGCAUUUUGGGUACCAAAAGGGUGGUUGCCUCACAGACGCCGUCCCCGGCAUGAAUAUUGAGAAAAUGAGAGUAGCCACAUUCACAAUCUACUUUUAAGAUUUAUUUAUUAAAAUUGCAUGCCGCUCUUCAUCCGAAGAUCUUGGAGCCGUUUGCAGCAUAAAAAUACAAAAUAAAAACAAGCGUCCUAAUACCCCUUUAAGCAGUCGUUGCUUCCCCCAAAGAAUUCUGGGAGCCGUAGUUUGCUACAGAUGCUAGGAGUUGUUAGGAGAACCCCUCUUCCCCUUCUAGGACUACAAUUCCCAAAAUUCCCUGGGAAGAGGGAUUGAUUGUUAAGCCACUCUGAGUUCUGUAGCUCUGUGAGGGGAAUGGGUGUCUCCUAACAACUCCUGGGAACUAUAGCUCACACAAUGCUUUGGGGGAGGCCACAUAAUGCUUUUAAUGUGGCCCAGAAAUGAAAGGUCCACCCAUCUCUAGAAAGGACACACUUAAAAAAUAAUAAUAAUAACCCCCUCAGGGAAAAUAAGGAGGAAAUGGAACAGGAAAGAAAGAACUCUGAUUGGAUAGAAGAUGUGGGCAGUCUCAGGAGUGGGCGAUAAUUAGGAAUGGACGGAUCUUUCUAUUUCAGUUUCUCAUUCUUCCAAUCUUAAAUUCAGCAUCGGUCUGUGAAAGAUUUUUUUAAAAAAAGUCCUCAUAAACAUUCAUCAACAUUUUAGUGUGACUUGCUCUAAUAUUUAUGUAUCUGUAUGGAGUUUUUCCUAAAGUGUUUAUGAGCAAUUUCCCAUAAUAUCAUGCAUUUGUAUGUAAUUUUCACCAAUAUAUGCAUUUUUAGGCACAUUUCCUCCUGAACAUAUGCGUUUUAUUUGGUUGGAGAACCACACUGCAAAAUUCAGAGAAGGGUGAAUUUCAAAGGAUAGCUGUGUUUCUGUCUGCAUAUCUGAAAUGAAAGGGAAGAGCUGGAGUCUGAAAUCAUGUAAUACUGUAGCGGGGGGCAUUGUUUUUGUCUGCUAUUAUGGCAUGUAUGCGGGAGGCCGUGGAAGACAGGAGUGCCUGGCGUGCUCUGGUCCAUGGGGUCACGAAGAGUCGGACACAACUAAACGACUAAACAACAACAAAUAUUUGCAUUUUUACAUUGUAAACUGCCCUGUGAUCUUUGGAUGAAGGGUGGUAAUAAUAAUAAUAAUAAUAAUAAUAAUAAUAAUAAUAAUAAUUCGAGAAGUGUGAAUUGGGUACUUUCUCAUUAAAUUACGAACAAAAUUGAUCAGUGUUCCAAGCGCAUCCCUGUUUACAUCUGUGAACCAUGGGAAUCAGACUACGAAAUGGUGUCCUCAGUUACCCCUCUAAACAAAAUAUUUUUAGCAGGCUUCCAAGCCGAGCUCCGCUGUUGAUAUGGUAAGGUGAGUAUCCUGGAAACUAGGAAGCCUGCAAAGACUUUUCAUGUUCUCAAGGCUUACUUCUUUUUUGCAAAGCGGGGUGGCAUUGUGUUUGGAACAUAGGGUCUUUCCUCCACCCCAAAUCAUUCAGCCAAAUGGAAUCGGUUGCAGACAACGAACUGUUGCAGAUUGUUUCUCAGCAGAUGAAAACCACGUGUGAAGCUCUUGGGAGAAGUUGUGGGUCUCUCUCUGGCCAGAGCAAAUAAGUGCUGAUGGCAGAUGAACCACACAUGAAUGAAUGACUGGACAGAGCUGUGGGAGAAAAAGAGAGGGGCGGAAUCGUCUGGAGGCUGGGAGGGAAAAAGAAUGGGUACCCUUCGUGUUUUGAGGCUUCGCCAUGGGAAAGUUUCCGUUGUUAACUAGGGAUGGGAAAAUCUGUCCAUUUCAGUUUCUCUGUGGUUAGUUACUAAUGCCAUUAAGUUGAGGGCAUCAAGAAGGCUUCCAGGUGCAGAGAUUGGGGAGAAUUUAGUUCGGUUUGCACUUCCUGAAAAAAGAUACAAACCAAAAGAAUGCAGCCAUCCUUUGGAAUUUGCACUUCUCCAAAAUUGGGUGUGCCGGUUCUCCAGUGUGUGUAAAAAUGUUCAAGUAUGGCAUUUGAGCUUCGUUAUACACCUUUAGGUGCCAGGCAAAAACGUUCCUUUUUAACCAGGCCUUUGGUUGAUCCGAUUUACAUCCUAUGCCCUUUUAAAAUGUGUUUUUUUGGGGGGUGGAGGGGCGUGGGUUGUUGUUUUUAUUUUUUUAUGCAUUUUGUGGUUUUGAGGACCGCUUCUUUCCAUAUGAACCUACCCGGUCCCUGAGAUCCUCUUCUGAGGCCCUCCUUCGUGUGCCUCCUCCUUGAGAGGUCUGGAGGGUGGCAACACGAGAACAGGGCCUUCUCUGCAGUGGCUCCCCAUCUGUUGAAUGCUCUCCCCUGGGUAGUUUGCCUGGUGCCUUCAUUACACACCUUUAGGUGCCAGGCAAAAACAUUCCUUUUUAACCAGGCCUUUGGUUGAUCUUAUUGACAUUCAACACCCUUUUAGAAUGUGCCCUUUUGGGGGGGGGGGUUAUUGCGUUACUGUUUUUGGUUUGAUUUUAUAUGUUGUGGUUUUGUGUGUGAACCCCCCUGAACCCCCCCCGGUAUAUAAAUUCAAUAAAUAAAAUAAAUACAUAUAUAUGUGUGUGUGUGUGUGUGAAAAUAGCAUGCCAAAAAUGCAUUUCAUUGAGGUAGAAUUGCUUGGGUUAGGAUAAAUUAGGACAUAGGACACAGUGAGAACACAAGAAGCUGCCUUAGUCAAAUUAUAGGUCCAUCUAGCUCAGUACUAGGGACACGGUUGACGCUGUGGGUUAAACCACAGAGCCUAGGCUUGCCGAUCAGAAGGUCGGCGGUUUGAAUCCCUGCGAUGGAGUGAGCUCCCAUUGCUCGGUCCCUGCUCCUGCCAACCUAGCAGUUUGAAAGCACAUCAAAGUGCAAGUAGAUAAAUGGGUACCGCUCCGGCGGGAAGGUAAACAGCGUUUCCGUCUGCUGCUCUGGUUCGCCAGAAGCAGCUUAGUCAUGCUGGCCACAUGACCCGGAAGCUGUACGCCGGCUCCCUUGGCCAAUAAAGCGAGAUGAGCGCCUCAACCCUAGAGUCGGCCACGACUGGACCUAAUGGUCAGGGAUCCCUUUACCUUUACCUUAGCUCAGUACUGACUACACUGACUGGCAGUGACUGUCUGAGAUUUCAGGUUGGGUUCUUUCCCAAGCCCUACCUGGAAAUGACAGGAUUGAACCAGGGACCUUCAGUGUAAUAAGGAGGUGCUGUACUAGUGAGUUACUGGUUUUUUUGCAUUUUAAAGCUGCAUUCAAAAGAUUGGAUAAGUGUCCUCUAAGAUGUUGACAACUUUUCGUGACAGCUUCUUAAACAAGAAAUUCGCAAACUGAUGCAGAAAUGUGGAGUAACGCAAUUUAAGAUGGAAGAACUGGGAAAGCAAAACUGACAAAUGCACACAUCUCUGCUUUCGCCCUGCCCACCUCUCUAUAGUUUACUUAAUUUAUUUAUCCUUUAAACCCCACAGUUCCCCCGAGGAACUCGAGGUGGCAUAAACGGCUCUCCUCAUCCCCAUCUAAUCCUCGCACAGCAACCCUGUGAGGUAGGCUAGACUGAGAGACAGUGACUGGCUCAAAGUCACCCCGUGAGCUUCAUGGCUCAGUGAGGAUUUGAACCCGUGUCUCCCAGGUCAUAUAGUAGGACAUUCUCACCACUUCACCCCAGUCAUCACGAUCUAAUCCUUUCCAGUGGUUCUCCUUCAAAGGCAUCUUUUGCAUCUACGAGCUCUUGUGUCUCAAACAAAUCCUUAUCUGAUUCUGUACCCACCACUUCCCUUGGUGUGGAGUUUUCAAGUGAUUAAAAAAGAAGAAAUAAAAGUAGAUCUCAUUACAUGGCCUUCAGGAAGGGACCGUUCUAGUGUCAGUGGCCUCAAAGGUUGAUGAGGGGGCUGACGGCAGCUUAAUCCUCCUCAGCUCCUAAGAACCACGGCCUUGUAUCCUUUGAACUGACCCAACAUGGCGGUUUUUGACAAUUAACUGGCCCCUCUCUGCUUAAUUCAGGACAAUGGGGGCCUCCGUGCGAUGGAUAGACAACCUAUUCUCAGCCUGGCAAAGGAGAAGCAGAUGUCAGCACAUCUGGAAUUUCUCACGAGCGAGGGAUUAAAGACCGAUGACGGAAGUAGCAUAAUUUGGGGAUAGCGUUUUAUGUUUAGAUUGGGCCGCUUGGCCUGAAAACGGAUAAAAUAUCAACUCAGACGGCGACGUUCAGAGGAGGAGAAGAGGGGAAGGAGGUGAUUGAUACCACACAUACAUGGAUCGCCAUUUCCGCCCCCUAAAUAAACAAGGAACUUAAUAUAUAUGUAACAAAGUUGUAGGUUCCAGGCUGAGUGCCAGUUUCAGAAGUUCCCCCCCAAUCUGCACUCUACAUUUAAAGCAAUCAUCCCACUUUCAACCCUAAAAGAGGACAAUUUUAGCAAACUCGCACUACAGUGGUAAGGUAAGGUAAAGGUACCCCUGUCCGUACGGGCCAGUCUUGACAGACUCUAGGGUUGUGCGCCCAUCUCACUCAAGAGGCCGGGGGCCAGCGCUGUCCGGAGACACUUCCGUGUCACGUGGCCAGCGUGACAAAGCCGCAUCUGGUGAGCCAGCACAGCACACGGAAACGCUGUUUACCUUCCCGCCAGUAAGCGGUCCCUAUUUAUCUACUUGCACCCGGGGGUGCUUUCGAACUGCUAGGUUGGCAGGCGCUGGGACCGAGCAACGGGAGCGCACCCUGCCGCGGGGAUUCGAACCGCCGACCUUUCGAUCGGCAAGCCCUAGGCGCUGAGGCUUUUACCCACAGCGCCACCCGCGUCCCAAUCUGUCCCUGGUAAACCAGUCAAAAAUACAAGCAAGGAUGGGAUAUUUUGCAAAAAUGUGUCUUGCAUUUCUGAAUCCGCCUCUCGGAUGACAGGGAUCAAACGCAGCCUGUCCUGGAUUGUGAACUGCCCUGAAAGUCUCUUGCUUCAGGAUGAGAUCUCCGUUUUGCCCGAUGGAGUGUUUUUUUUUAUAGGGAAAGGGGUGGAAGAGAUGAUGAGCAUGUUGGGGGCUUGGUAUGGGAGCUGGGCUGCCAACGGUACCCUCCCCUGUGGGGCGUGGGAUUUCGGAGCAAGCAGGCUAGACAGCCAUGGGAUGAGGCCUCAAGAAGACAACUGGAUGCAGUGAGUCAGAAGGAAGGGCAAGCUAACAUGUUUUGCCAGUGGAGACAGGGGGCUUAUUGCUCGACGGGGAUACCCGGGUCUGUUUGGCCUCGCCAAAAUCCUCAGGAUUCCAAGCGCUGUCUCUUUGAGUGAUGCCCAUUCGAGUCAGACAUGAGCCAUGAGCUGAACAGGGGGUGGGAGGGAGAAAAGGUGGGGCUUUCUGUGGCUUCGUCGCAGUUAGAGAUCUAGGAGAAAUCCAACUUUGGUUGUAUUAUAAUGCAAAGCUUCCCGAUUCACGCUUCUUGAACUGGUAUGCCACUAUCCUUUGAACUACCCUCAGAAAGUCACACAUGUCUGAAUUUCAUGUUGCCGUUUUUUAACCGAAUGCAGUGUACAACAAUGCAUAUGUAAAGCAGAAAUGUCUGUGCUUAUGUCCUUGACUGUACCAUACCAAAUAAACACAGUGGUACCUCAGAAGUCGAAUGGAAUCCGUUCCAGAAAUCUGUUUGACCUCCAAAACGUUCAGAAAUCAAGGCGCGGCUUCCGAUUGGCUGCAGGAAGCUCCUGCAGCCAAUCGGAAGCCGUGGAACCAACAUCAGACAUUUGGGUUCCAAAGAAUGUUCGCAAACCGGAACAGUCACUUCUGGGUUUGGGGCAUUCAGGAGCCAAAACGUUUGACUCGCAAGAUGUUUGGGAUCCAAGGUACGACUGUAAAUAAAAACCAUUGGGUAUUAGAGAAAACCGUUUGCAAAAAUGUGUUAGGAUAAAGUUGCACUAAAAUGCUUAAGUAAGGAAGCUUAAGUAAGUUGUUUAUUAUUAUUAUUAUUAUUAUUAUUAUUAUUAUUAUUAUUAUUGCUGAGGACAGAUAGAGAACUGAAUAGAAGUCUAGAAAAAUGAGGAACUGAGAAAUGGAAAUAGAUUUGCCUGCCUCUAGUUACAGGUGAGAAAGGUUCUGUGCCAACUUUGGUGACUCUACUGAUCUGUUUCCCAUCCUUCUCUCUCUCCCCCCCUUCACAUACCUACCCUGAUUCAUUCUGCUCUUUAUCAACAUUUCUAUUUUUUCCCCUUCUUACUUGGGGAUCUCCCUUGGCUGCAACUGUCCUUUCCGUCUCUCUCUCCCACUCCUGGUUUAUCCUAUUCCACCCCCUUCUUCCCUCAUCUCUAGCAGCUGUUGACUGUGUGGUCGGCCCAUGGGGUCCCUGGAGCGAAUGCAACGCUCUUUGCGGUACGGGCAGCAAAGACCGGACUCGCCAGGUCACCGUGCCGCCUCGAAACGGAGGAACCCCCUGCCCAGACCUGAAGCAGAGACGGGGGUGCCUUGGGGAGAACUCCGCCUGCGAUACAGCCAAAGGUACGAUGCUGAUAGCAGUGGCGAGAUUACAAUAUAAUGAAAACGCAUGUAUAUCUAACAGGUGCAUAUCUAAAUGCAAUUAAAACAAUUGCAUAUACAGUGGUACCUCGGUUUUUGAAUGAAUCCGAAGUUGAACGUUUCGUUUUUCGAAUGCUGAAUACCUGGAAGUAAAUGCUUCCGUUUUCGAAUGCACCUCGGAAGUCGAAUGGCUUCCACUGGGUGUUUCUCAAUUAAAUUUGCAGACCGCCCUUUGAGCCUUGGUUUUCGAACAUUUUGGAAGUAGAACGGUCUUCCGGAACGGAUUACAUUCAAAAACCGAGGUACCACUGUAUAAAAUAAAUUUUAUAUAUAGCGAUUAUUUACCUGUUAUUCAUUUAUGGAAUUUAUAUCCCUCCUUUUUCUCCACGGAGCUCAAGGUGGUGCAAGGGAAAACGGAAGGUUGCUGUGCAACAGCCUUAAGUUUCUGUUGCCAGCUUCAUUAUCUGUACAUGCAAGGAGAAUCACCGUCACCCUGUUAUUCAUUUCAGGCAGCAAAAUUUCCCUGGCUUCAGUGAGCCUUGGGCUAGCCCACUCCUCAUUCCUUCUCCUCCUCUUCUGUGAGCGAGAGCAAAAUCUCCCAAGUUGACUUUGGAACAAGCCAUGGUUUCACAGUAUGUCAAAACCCAGGGAACUGUGGUUUGUUCUAAGCAACAUUUGUUAAAACUAAUCAAGAAUGUGCAUGUUAUGUACUGAAGUUUUCACCCUGGGCGAGCAGGGGGAUACUGUAGAUAGUUUUCACUCAGGUCCACAUAUGCAAAUAAGGGAUUGAAAGUGACGUUCAGUGAUUGGAUAGUUACAGAAAGUGGUUUCUGCUGCAUUGUAGUGGAGCUCUAUAAAAGCAGGCUGGCUGAACCCUUCAGUUCAGUUCUGUUCUGGCCUGUGAAUAAGCAAGAGCUGUUUGAAGAAUCACUGUGUCGUCUGAGAUGUUCACCCACAACUUAACAGUGCAGUCGUUUCAUCCCCCCGGCCUGUUAAGUUAAUUUGGGUGAGAAAUGCACUAAUGACAUUUGGGUCUACACUGCCCUGCUCUCCUUCCACAAAUUCAUUUGCUGUGAACAAUUCUUUGGAAGAUUUACAUAGUGCUGUUUUAUAGCAUCAAAAUGGUGUCAUUAAGUCACGAAUGGUGCAUGCUUUGAGAUUCAAAGAUGGUUGUAAUUAGAAACAAUUCCCAACGAAUGGUUAUAAUUUGACCUGCUCAAAUGUGCAUGGGUUGAUUUUAAAUAAAGUAAAUGCUGAUUAAUUUGCAGGUUUUGAAGUACUGAAAGGCAGUUAAGUGCCUGUAUGUAAAUUUAUGGCGCUCCUAAUGAGAAUAAGAAAUAACUUUGCUCUAGCUAUGCUGUCAAUACUGUGUACCCCUUUGAUUAAUUUUCAGCUUGCUCUUUCCUCUUAAAUUCUCUGUGCUAGCCUGAUACAGUGGUGCCCCGCAAGACGAAUGCCUCGCAAGACGGAAAACUCGCUAGACGAAAGAGUUUUCCGUUUUGGAGGUGCCUCGCAAAACGAAUCUGCUAUGGGCUUGCUUCACAAGACGAAAAUGUCUUGCGAGUUCCUGGGUUUUUUUUCCCUUUUCCCUCUUUUCUAAGUCGCUAAGCCGCUUAUCUGCUUAUCAGAUAAGCUGAUAAGCUGCUAAAAGCCGCUAAAAGCCGCUAAAGCCGCUAAAAGCCGCUAAUAGCGCUAAUAGCGCUAAUCCGCUAAUCCCAUCAAUGGGCUUGCUUCGCAAGACGAAAAAACCGCUAGACGAAGAGACUCCCAGAACGGAUUCUUUUCGUCUUGCGAGGCACCACUGUAUGAUGAGUGUCUUUAAUCAGAACACGGCUCCUUUUAUUUCCAUGUCUCUUUUGACAGAGGUGGCUAAGAUCCUGCCUGAUUCUUUUAAAAGGGAUUUUAAGGACCCCUGGAGAAGACCUCACAUGUUAACGAGGGAGAAGCUGCCAAGGUAGGAUGUACCUGGAUGUGCAUUUCCAAAAUAUAAGAUAAAAAAUAAAAUAAAAUAAAACCUACAUACAGCAACGGUGUUUUGUGUUGUGUAGGCUCCUAUGAUGUAAGUAAUGGGAUACUCCCUAAAGUAUCACUGGUUUGCUCAUUUCUAUAUAUAGAGUGCCUGCAUUCUGCAAGUGCAAAUGGCUUUAGAUACCUAUUAGGUCCAUAAAUUACCAUAUAGCAUAUAUUCAACACAACAAACAGUGACAAUUUGUUGUUGACAAAGGACAGCUAGAGAUAUAAAGGGCCCCAUUACCUUCAGUAGCUUAGGGCCUCAUCAAACCUAAAUCUGGCCUUGAUACCACCCUAUACCUCAGGGUGCUUCACAGAAAAGAUCACAAUAUAUAAAAUCAAAAUAAGAACAAUAACCCAAUAACACCCCCCCCCAAAAGAGCCACAUUUUAAAAGGGCAUGGGAUGUCAUUCAAAUCAACCAAAGGUCUGGUUAAAAAGGAACAUUUUUGCCUGGUGCCUAAAGGUGUAUAAUGAAGUCACCAAGCGUACUUCCCUGGGGAGAGCAUUCCACAGACAGGGAGCCACUGCAGAGAAGACCCCGUUCUCAUGUUGCCACCCUCCCCACGAAUUGAGGAGGAGGCACACGAAGGAGGGCCUCAGAAGAUGAUCUCAGGGGCUGGCUAGAUUCAUAUGGGAAGAGGUAUUGCGGUCCUGAGGCGUUUAAGCUCUUAUGUUCCUGUUAAUGCCUCUCCUCCUUUCAUCUUGAGACCUCCUGCGAGUUGCUCUCCUCCCCUUCUCUCCCUCCCCCUCCCCUUGUUCAGUGACCGGCUUUAGUAAAUGCGAGGAUGGAAUUUUAAGCAGGAACAUUAGCAGGAUAUUAUCUGGGAGAGGCUUUUCCAAGUAAAAGCAAGAAAAAGAAGAAAAAGUGUGGGUGGCUGGGUUGCAUAUUCUUCUUCACCGUCUCCCGUGCAUAACAUGGAACAUAGCCAGAUCGCGUUUCUGUGGGGAGGGGUUGCCGGAGGGCUUAGGGUAGCCUAGUUAACUAAGCAGCCAGCCCCAAAGUUCAUUGUUUGGCUCCAGUUGGCAUCAUGUGCUAGGACACAUGUUCAGCAUAGCUGGCCGGCUUUGCUAGUGAGGUUGGGGGGGGUGUCGGGGGAGAGAAAUAAUUCCCUGCAUGGCUUGAACCUCAAAUAGAGGUCCUUUUAGUUCAGGAUCAGCUUGCUGCAAAGAAAGAAGGAAGCCAGGAAAGCGGGUGGGGGCAGGGGGGGCGGGAAGGCUGUGAGAAAGAAAGCAUUUGACUCUUCAGGAUCAAAUCAAAUUGUGCCCACCCCCAGUUAGGAAUGGAGAAGGGAUUCAAAUCAGUUCAUCUACCUAAUCCACACUUUCUAAAAAUGAUAGGUAAGCUGCCCUUCGAUAUUAUCAUUUCUCUGAAUUUUGCAAGGCGGUUCUCCAGCCUUGUAAGGUGGACCAAAAUGCACAUAGAAAUGUAUAGAAAUGUACAUAUAUAGAAAUGUGAAAUAUACUCGGAAUCGAGAGUGGAUUUCAUGCUCUUUAUUCAGUUCAUAGUGGUGAGGAGGAAUGGAAGUUCCCCCAGAAUGUCUGCUUUAUAUACAUUAUUUACACAAGGGGCACCACGUGAUUGGCUAAUUCCGGGAUUCUGCUGUAGGCCAAUCAGGUUGCGGAUUCCCUUCCACCUGGAGCUGGAUUGGGUGGCUCCUAUGGACCAAUCAGACUGCUGCAUUCUGGAUCCUAUUGUUCUAGGACCAAUCAGACUGCUGCAUUCUGGAUCCUAUUGUUCUAGGACUAAUCAGACUGCUGCCUUUUGGAUCCUAUUCAACUCAGUACAUAACAAAAUGAAAUUAAGAAGAAGAAAGAAGAAGGAAGUUGUGUUUUCCUUGAAGUUCCAUUGUACUCUACAAGGCUUGCACAUCAUUCUUUUGAAAGUAAAGCACCUUGUGUUUUCAGUUUUUCUUGAUGCUUAUGUUUGGAGGAUACAGGGGAACCUAUCCUUGCUGUUCCCCACAUUCACCUUCUCUAGAAUGGCCCGGGGAGCCAAGCCUCAGCGGCUGACUCUGAUUGGCUCCAAUCAGGACAAAGCGGGAGAAGACCUCUUCUCGGUGGCUAAAAAGCACCUCUUCCAUGCUGAUUGGUUGGUUUCUAGUCUUUGACACCCACCCGGGACCACUGCACCUCUGAUCCAGACAGAUUGGUGGGGCAGUGCCCCAUUUGUCCUAGUGAACCAAUAUUUCAGACCAUCCAAGUAUCCCUAUUUUUCCAGGGACAGUCCCAGAUUUGCAGAAGCUGUACCGGUUUCUGAUUUGAUCCCAGAAUGUCCCGCUUUUCCUUAGCACGUCCCUGUUUUCAUUGGAGAAAUGCUGGAGGUUUAUGGAGGUAGGCAACCCCCAAGCCAAGGAGAUAAGUAACUAUACAAUCUUUAGAAGACAUCUGAAGGCAGCUCUGUAUAUGGAAGGUUUUCUUUCAAUGUUUAAUAUUUUAUUAUUAUUUUUAUAUAUGUUGGAAGCCCCCAGAGUGGCUGGGGCAAUCCAGUCAGAUGGUAGGGUAUAAAUUAUAAAAUUAUAACUAUAAUCAGGUAGAGGGCCUUCUCAGUAGUGUCUCCCGCCCUACCAUCAGACGUCAAGGAAAUACAGUCAUACCUUGGGUUACAGAAGCUUCAGGUUGUUGUUUUUUGGGUUACGGACCCUCCGAAACCCAGAAGUACCAGAACAGAUUACUUCCAGGUUUUGGCGGUCGCGCAUGCACAGAAGCGCUAAAUCACGCUUUGCGCAUGCGCAGAAGCACCAAAUUGAUGCGCCGCUGCGGGUUGUGAACGUGCAUCCCGCACGGAUCACAUUCACAACCCAAGCGUCCACUGUAAACAACUACAGUGGUACCUCGGGUUAAGUACUUAAUUCGUUCCGGAGGUCCGUUCUUAACCUGAAACUGUUCUUAACCUGAAGCACCACUUUAGCUAAUGGGGCCUCCUGCUGCUGCCGCGCCGCCGGAGCACGAUUUCUGUUCUCAUCCUGAAGCAAAGUUCUUAACCCGAGGUACUAUGGUACUAUUUCUGGAUUAGCGGAGUCUGUAACCUGAAGCGUAUGUAACCCGAGGUACCACUGUAUCUGACUUUUAGAAGACAUCUGAACUCAACCCUGUUUAGGGAAGUUUUUAAUGUUUGAUAUUUUAUUGUGUUUUUAAUAUUCUGUUGGGAGCCGUCCAGAGUGGCUGGGGAAACCCAGUCAGAUGGGCAGAGUAUAAAUAAUAAAUUAUUAUUAUUAUUAUUAUUAUUAUUAUUAUUAUUAUUGAAUAAAGGUAAAGGGACCCCUGACCAUUAGGUCCAGUUGCGGACGACUCUGGGGUUGCGGUGCUCACCUCGCUUUACUGGCCGAGGGAGCCGGCGUACAGCUUCCGGGUCAUGUGGCCAGCAUGACUAAGUCACUUCUGGCGAACCAGAGCAGUACACGGAAAUGCCGUUUACCUUCCCGCCUGAGCGGUACCUAUUUACUGUAUUUUUUGCUCUAUAAGACGCACCAGACCAGAAGACGCACCUAGUUUUUGGAGGAGGAAAACAAGAAAAAAAAUAUUCUGAAUCCCAGAAGCCAGAAGAGCAAGAGGGAUCACUGCACAGUGAAAGCAGCAAUCCCUCUUGCUGUUCUGGCUUUAGUGAUAGCUGCGCAGCCUGCAUUCGUUCCAUAAGACGCACACACAUUUCCCCUUACUUUUUUAGGACGGAAAAAGUGAGUCUUAUAGAGCAAAAAAUACGGUAUCUAUUUGCACUUUGACGUGCUUUCAAACUGCUAGGUUGGCAGGAGCAGGGACCGAGCAACGGGAGCUCACCCCGUCACGGGGAUUUGAACCGCCAACCUUCUGAUCGGCAAGUCCUAGGCUCUGUGGUUUAACCCACAGCGCCACCCGCAUCCCUUAUUAUUGAAUAGGAUGUCCCUAUUUUUCAUUGGAGAAAUGUUGGAGAGUAUAGUCUUUGCUGGCUCAAUCACACAAGCAGUAUCUAAUCCUGGGCUGGAGGACUGAGGAGAGAGGCCCCUCUUUUGCAUAGUUACUUGCAUAGCUACACUUCUUCCCGGCUCUCUUUUCCUUGGAACAGAACCAGAGCAGAGAGAGAGAGAGAGAGGAAAGCAGCCAAGGCCAAGCAAUUUCUGGACGAUGUCGCCUUCCCCUCUGAUGUUCCAUCGAUUGUCUUCGGCCACCGGAUUCUCGCACCAGAGUGUCGUGCCAGCCAGAGAUUCUGGCCUAAUUAGGGAGACGCAAUCAAAGCCCGCGGCUCCGAGAGGGAGAUGCUUUGGUGUUGCUGAGAUACAGCAGACGGGAUUUGCUAUGUCCGUGCAUUGCUCCCGGAGCUGUCGCGUGACAUCUGGCAAAACAGGCCUCCCUCGUACACGGCGCUCUCAAGAAACAAAAAACCGUGGGUGCAAAAAAUUGUGGAAUAUGCAGAAAUGGCAAAACUUACUGGAAGAAUAAGAAAUCAAGAUAACAAUUUUUUAAAAAAUAAAAGAAUAGAAAUGGUUUAUUGAAUAUUUACAGAUAAAUUGUAAACAGAUAAAAAAACAUUGGAUAAAAAAACCUGCAGUUUCAUAAGAGUAUAUAUCUAAAGAAGAUGAAUAAAUGAGCAAAUUAAGUUCAUUUGGAUAUGCUGAAGAUAUUAAAUAUAAAUUUAAGGAACUGUAGAAAGAAGAGGAAGGAAGGCAAGUUUUUCUUUUUCCAUUUGUGUGUGCAGAACUAGUCACCUUUAUUUUUGUUGUACAUAAAUAUUUGGGUCAGAUCCAUCAUUUCUCCUUGUUGCUCCUUUGAGUUAGGUUCUUCCAAAAUGUGCUCUCCCAACAAAAACGCACAUGUACACAAUCUGCUCCUUUGCAGAAUGACACACCUUUGAAACGUCAAAAUGAUUGUAAAAUUAGUGAAAUGUAUAAACUUGAAAAGUAUAUAUAUAUAUAUAUAUAUAUAUGAAUGAAACAAAAAACUGAACCAUCACAGUAAACAGAUAAACCCACCAGCAGCAAACUUUACAAAAGACCUGAACAAUUUUAAAUGCCAGCAAUUGUUAUUUUUUUAAAGGACUUCUUCUGGAGUGUUAUUCAACUAAAUAAUUGUGCCAGGGCAAGGAUUAGUGUUAGUGUAAUAGGACUCCCACCCAGGUGUCCUGUGCCAUCUCCAAAGCUGUGCCAGAAGGCUGGGUGGGAAACCCAGCCCAAAUUCAGGGGGAGGAGAGUGUGAAAAUACUCCAUUGUGUAAGGAGAAAUCCUUGUGCUGUUGGAACAGCGUACUUAUCAUUAUAGUGAAUACAAUCCUUAGUGCUGAUAUAAUCAUGGCAUGGAGCCAUGCCAGACACUCUUGAGAGGGCAUUUCACAACAGGGGCCACCACCAAAAAGGCCCUGUCUCCCAUUAGCCACCCAACACACCCCAUUUGGUGUUGGUGAGCACAGAAAUUUACUUAAUAAAUUCGCAGCCCAAACCGAUGGAGAUAUGUGUGUAUCUACCCCCGUGCAGGGAAGGCAGAGGUGAAGUUGGCUGUGUGCCCUACCUCACAGAGACAGUUCUCUAUCUGAAAGCAUUUAUGUUUGAAGGGUUCUCCAGGUCUGGUUCCACCAUACAGUGGUACCUCUGGUUGCGAAUGGGAUCCGUUCCGGAGGCCCGUUCGCAACCUGAAAAGAACGCAACCUGCGUCUAUGCGUCGUGAUUUGCUGCCUCUGCGCUUGCGCAUGACAUCAUUAUGCGUGUCUGCGCAUGCGCGAGUGGUGAAACCCGGAAGUAACCCUUUCCGGUACUUCCGGGUCGCCAUGCGACGCAACCUGAAAACGCGCAACCUGAAGCAAAUGUAACAUGAGGUAUGACUGUACUUUUAAAGCCCUCUGAUACUACUUUAAACAGUCAUGGCCUCCCCAAAAGAAUUAUGGGAGCUGUAGUUUGUUAAGAGGUUUUUUUUAGGAGGACCCUGUUCCCUUCACAGAGCUUUAUCCUGGCCCGGACCACCACAGAACAGGAUGGUCUGUUUUGCCUCCGGGAAUGCUGUUUGGGAGCCAGGAAUAAACAGGAAGUCGCAGAAGCAAAUAAGAAGCUUUGGGUUAUGAAUCCCAAGAGAAAUAUCUAAGUAGCAUUUCUUGGGCAUAGUUCAGAAGUCAGAAGCUGGGAAAUACUGGAUGGGGAACAGCUAGCAAAAGGAACACUGGAAGAGAGAGUAUUAACAGAUUCACAGUCUCUGGACAGCAUUCACCCCCCUUCUCCAAAGUCCCAGAGAGCUCAAAAACUGGCAGAACAGAAAGCACAGAGAGUACAAACUCAGAUUACAAGACGUAGAAGAGACGUAGAUUAAUAGGGACGGAAGGGGGGGUGUAAUCCUUAAUUGGGAGCACCACCAUUUCUAGGUGAUGUGUUCUUUGUUCUCUCUCUGUGAUUAUGAAAGUUACUAACUGGUAAGAAGACUCCUUUUCCUUUGUUCUGCUUAUCUACUGCCAUGGGGGCAAGAAGCCGAUUUCCUGAAGGCUGACAAUAUGUUUCUAUCAUGCCACCUCUUGCUCACAUUUUCUUUAAGCUAAAAAGUCCCAAAUGCUGCCACCUUGCCUCCUAGCAGAGUUGCUCCGUUAUGUGGUCCCAUCAGUAGCAUCCUUCAGACUCCUGGGUACCUAGGCUGCUAGCCAUCUUCCCCCCUCCCACAAGGCUCGACAGAGCCAGGGCAGAGAGCAUUGUCCUCGCUUGGGUGUGGCUUCGUGAUCAACUCCACAUCAUCACGACAGUGUCACCAUGAAGCCAGACCAGAGUGAGGGCAAUGUGCCUUGCCCUCGCUCUGGAGUCUUCUGCCUAGAAAAGAAGACCCAAUAGCUGUGACAACCUUCCUUCCUAGUGGGCGGCUGUGUUUCAGUUUGUAAAUUCUGUUGAACAUAACAACAACAACAACAACAACAACAACAACAAUUUAUUUGUACCCCGCCCAUCUGGCUGUGUCUCCCCAGCCACUCUGGGCGGCUUCCAACAAAGAUUAAAAAUGCAUUAAAAUAUCACACAUUAAAAACUUCCCUGAACAGGGCUGCCUUCAGAUGUCUUCUAAAUGUCAGGUAGUUGUUUAUCUCUUUGACAUCUGAUGGGAGGGUGUUCCAGAGGGCGGGCGCCACUACUGAGAAUGCCCUCUGCCUGGUUCCCUGUAGCUUUGCUUCUCGCAAUGAGGGAACCGCCAGAAGGCCCUCGGCACUGGACCUCAGCGUCCGGGCAGAACGAUGGGGGUGGAGACGCUCCUUCAGGUAUACUGGUAUAAUGACCAACUUGGGUAUAAUGGCAACUUAGGGCUCUUCGAUACUUGUCCCAUGAUUUCUCAGUACGGGGCUCAAAGGUUUUUCUUUUCCCCAGGGAAAACCCGCAGUCGGCCGCAGAAUUAGAACAAACAUCCACUGGGUAUUGCACAGAUUCACAUUUUUUCCGAGUCAGUGGUAAACAGAGGGUUUUCCCAGGGGAAAACUUCUUGGACCUGUACCUAGAAGAAAUCACAGGAUGAAUGCAAGUGUGCAUGAGCUCUUAAGUGGAUUGUUCUCUGAACGGGAACUGUGUUGCAUCUCUCCCCCCAAUCCUGUUGUUGUCGGCAUCCGUCUGUCUUGAGAGACGAUGACCUCCAUUUGUUUACGUCUGGGGUGCGGAGGGCAGGAAUGGUUUGAAGUCAAUUUAACCAAGCAUGGAGACCUAACCCUUUCCUUCCUCCCUCUUUGUGCUUUCCAGUUACUGCAUCUACUUCCGCCUGACGCAGGUGAGCGCCGCCUGCCGCCUGCAUUUCUGGAGCAGGCCGCUGGCGAGAGAGCGUCGUGUCUGCGUGGAAUGCCAAGGGAAUGCCGUGGGCAGCAAGAAACGCUGCCAAGGGGACGGUCUGCAGGGAGCCAGGUGUGUGCUUGCAGACUCCUUCAAUAAACAGACCCCUGUGAUCUUUGAGACAGCUUCACUUGGUCCAGAGCAACAGCAGCCAUUGUCGGAACCCACAAAAGUGGACUCUGCAGGCCCAUAAAUCACACAGGCUUCUACAGAGGCUUUCCCUUGCCUUAGUUUUACACAUGCAUAGAAAUUAAGUCAUGUUCUCAGAGGGAAAGCAUGUCUGCAUUGUCAGAGAUCCAGCAAGAACAGUAUGCCGACUCUCUGCCAGGCUAGCUCGCGGCUGUGUUUUUCCUGCACAUAUAUAUAUAUAUGGGGACGCGGGUGGCGCUGUGGGUUAAACCUCAGUGCCUAGGACUUGCCGAUCGUAUGGUCGGCAGUUCGAAUCCCCACGGCGGGGUGAGCUCCCGUCGUUCGGUCCCAGCUCCUGCCUACCUAGCAGUUCGAAAGCACUCCUAAGUGCAAGUAGAUAAAUAGGUACCGCUUUAUAGUGGGAAGGUAAACGGUGUUUCCGUGCGCUGCGAUGUUGCUGGCUCGCCAGAGCAGCUUUGUCACGCUGGCCACGUGACCUGGAAGUGUCUUCGGACAGCGCUGGCUCACGGCCUCUUAAGCGAGAUGAGCACGCAAACCCCAGAGUCGGUCACGACUGGCCCGUACGGGCAGGGGUACCUUUACCUUUACCUUUAUAUAUAUGUGUGUGUGUGUGUGUGUGUGUGUGUUGUUGUUGUUUAGUCGUUUAGUCGUGUCCGACUCUUCGUGACCCCCUGGACCAGAGCACGCCAGGCACUCCUGUCUUCCACUGCCUCCCGCAGUUUGGUCAAACCCAUGUUUGUAGCUUCGAGAACACUGUCCAACCAUCUCGUCCUCUGUCGUCCCCUUCUCCUUGUGCCCUCCAUCUUUCCCAACAUCAGGGUCUUUUCCAGGGAGUCUUCUCUUCUCAUGAGGUGGCCAAAGUACUGGAGCCUCAGCUUCAGGAUCUGUCCUUCCAGUGAGCACUCAGGGCUGAUUUCCUUCAGAAUGGAUAGGUUUGAUCUUCUUGCAGUCCAUGGGACUCUCAAGAGUCUCCUCCAGCACCAUAAUUCAAAAGCAUCAAUUCUUCGGCGACCAGCCUUCUUAAUGGUCCAGCUCUCACUUCACUUCAAUAUAUCACUACUGGGAAAACCAUAGCUUUAACUAUACGGACACACACACACAUUUUUUAAAUUAAAUUUUAUAAUUUACAUUUCAAAAUAUUCAUUUAAACAACCUUAAACCAGUGACUUCCCUUCUUCUCUUUCCGUGGUUCAUUUUGCAUACCAAACAUCCCUGCAUAUUUUACAUAAACUAAAACAUUCAGUAAACCAUUGUUACAUCCAUCAAAACCUAUUUACACUGAUGAAUUUAUCUUCAGGCUACCAACGUUUUUAAAUGAACACAAUUUUCACCCAUAUAUUCAGGAAACAUUUUCCAGUCGUCUUUCUGAAUUAUCCUCAACAGAAAGGAAUCUGUUUUUUGUGUGUUUUUUAGGAAAGUACCUUUAAACAUUUUUUCCAAUUCAUUAUAUAUUAUUUCCCAAUAUUCUUUUACCCUUUUACAAGUCCACCACAUAUGGUAAAAUAUACCAUCAACCUCGAUACAUAUAAAGCACUUUUCUGAUUCGGACUUAUACAUUUUAGCAAGUCUACUUGGAGUUAAAUACCAUCUGUAAAUCAUUUUCUGGUAGUUCUCCUUCAAUGAAUAACAUGCUAUGAACUUCAAAUCGCUCUUCCAAAGUUCCCCCCAGAGAUUCAAAUCUAUAUUAUGUCCUAUAUUGCCCAGUGUGUCAUAGAAGCUUUAACAAGUUCGUCUUUUGUUUCCUAAUCUAACAACAGAUUGCACAUUUAGAUAACUAUUAUCCUGCACAAAUAUGUAAUUUCUGCUGUAGCUCUCUGAGGGGAAUUUAGCCCGAUUUAACAACUCUGUGGUGACAUAUAUAUGCAUACAUACAUACAUAUGGCACGAUUUUAUUUCUUAUAUAAGUAUUGAGGCACACGGUCACUCAGUGCUAUCAGUAUAUUCUAAUGUCUGGCUCAUUUAAGACUAUAUUUAAGUCUAUCUUUAUUCUCAACGAUGGAAUUCACAGGUGGAGAAAUACUUUGAUUUUCAUAAAUAUUUAUUAUUUGUAAAUUUUGGGUUAAAAGGGGGGGGAACGCUAUAAAUAAGUCAGAAAUUAUAUCAUUAUAACAAAAGAUAAUAAUAAAAACCUAUGGAAAAUCACUUAGAAAUAUAUUUUUGCUCUCCUGCGCCAUCUGCUGUUGCAUGUUUAUAACACAUUCAAAUCGCUGGUUGUUGUUUUUUUACUAAUUUAGCUGAGUCCUUUGUAUGAGUUACUGCUUUAUUACCCUUUGAAGCUGUGCUGUAUCUUUGAACUUCUGUCCUUCCAGGCCAUGAAACAUUAUGAUUUGAUUUACAGUAGAACCUCUUACUUACGACCGCCUCUACUUGGGCCCGAUCCAAGUCGCGACCGCGGCAAACCUGGAAGUAAAUACAGUGGUACCUCUGGUUACGUACUUAAUUCGUUCUGGAGGUCCGUUCUUAACCUGAAACUGUUCUUAACCUGAAGCACCACUUUAGCUAAUGGGGCCUCCCGCUGCCGCUGCACCGCCGGAGCACGAUUUCUGUUCUCAUCCUGAAAAAAAGUUCUUAACCCGAGGUACUAUUUCUGGGUUAGUGGAGUCUGUAACCUGAAGUGUAUGUAACCUGAAGCGUAUGUAACCCGAGGUACCACUGUACCGGGUUUGCCGCGAUUCACACACAUGCAGAAGCGGUUUCUGAGGUUUGCACAUGCACAGAAGCGCCUACCGCCGUCUGCACAUGCGCAGAAGCACGCCGCCGCCGAAUGCACCUGUGCACAACGACGCUUCUACUAGCGUCCCGUUUCGCCUAAAGGAUGGGCCGCCGGAACGGAUUAUGGUUGUAAGUAGGGGUUCCACUGUAUUUAUUUAUUUACUCGCUGUUUUCUUACUUUUUGUUAUCUUUGCGCUUUAUUCAUUUAGAUUGCUUUUUGUAACAAAUAAAAAAAAAAAUUAAAAGAAGGAACUGGAAACUGUACCUCAUCGACUCCAUCCUAUUUUCUGUCUUUCUCUAGAACAUUCUGGACUGCAGCGUCCAUCGCUGGCUGCCAGGGAUCUUGGGUGCAGGAGUCUCUACAGGAGAAAUGUGUGUGCCCUCAACUCUCCUUUAUCUUCAUAUGA